UGUAACCAGGCAUUUCAGCUAUACGAUAAAGAAAGGCAUCUGCAAGGGGAGGACAGCGAAAAGGACCAGGAAAACCGGUUACUGACGGUAAACAUGGUCCAGGGCAGUGAGGCUGCACUCAGCUCUUUUGUGCAGGACUAAGGAAGAUAGCAGAAACCAAAAAGGACAAGGACAGCACCCCGAUCUCUCCCCUCACCUCAGGCACUCCAACAGCAGGAGCCCAGGCCCAGACCCACACAACAGAUCUGUCCUCCCCCUGCCUGCCUACGACCACCAGAGCCAAGACCACACUACCAUCAGCCUGCUGAGAGACAGGCUGGCUCUGUUAGAGGUAUGGGUUACUGAGCUAAAGGAGCAGCCCCCCCCAGCUACACCACCUCCAGCCCAGACACAGAGCUUCUACAGGACCAGAUCAACCAGUGCAGGACCCAGCUGAAGAACUCUGUCCAGGAGCUGAGAGAGAGCCUUACCACAGUGCUUGAGGAGGUAAAGGCACCAUGAGGAGAGAGGCUCACCACAGUGCUUGAGGAGGUAAAGGCCACCAUGAGGAGAGAGCCUCACCACAGUGCUUGAGGAGGUAAAGGCACCAUGAGGAGAGAGCCUCACCACAGUGCUUGAGGAGGUAAAGGCCACCAUGAGGAGAGAAAGGCACCAUGAGGAGAGAGCCUCACCACAGCGCUUGAGGAGGUACAGGCACCAUGAGGAGAGAGCCUCACCACAGUGCUUGAGGAGG